AUUGGAGGGACAGUGUCAUUGGACUCCUGUCUUUCCGGUACUUUAAAAUGGAAUGCAAGUCGGAGAGGAAAAAUAAAGUUGCCAGUUGAAUGGCUAAACAGCAUCCGCUGUAGCGCGCUAUGCCGAGGUUACUUAUUUAUUUCUAAAUGCACUUUUGCGAGCUCUGAAUUAUAAUAUUAUUCUUUCUUUCUUUAUUAUUGUUAUUAACAUCGCAACUAUCAAAGUUCAGAUUUGUUUAACACAAUUAAUGUUGAUUUUUACUGAGACGGUGAUGCCAUUUACGUAUUCCAAGUCAUACAACAUUUCUGUAUAAUUAAAGAAAGAUUAUUGCAAUGCUAUUACAAUGUUACGUUUAUUGAGAAGUAUGUAUUGUACUUCAGAUUCUACAAAAUUCGUUCAUAAGAUUCUAUAAUAAAAUUAAAUAAUUUAAGAAAAGAUAUUAUACAAAUCCUUAAAAUUCCUUCUCACUCGGAAUUUGUUAAUGUAAAUUUUGUAAAAAAGAAUUGCGAAUGAAAUAUCAGCUCAUUAACGUUAUCUUAUUAAUGGAUUCGAGAGACAAAUAUUUGUAAGGCGUGUACUUCGCGUUUAAAUUCAACGUUAGCAUGUACAUACAUAUAUACAUACAUGAUGUUUGAUCGAUUUAGAGCCGGUGCAAUACAAAGUAAAUAACUCUUAGCAGUACGUUUACAAAACUCAAGCAUUUCAUUAUCUCGAUAAUGUUGAACACAGAAUUGAAUCGCCAGAUAAAUGAUUCGGUCGAGGAGCAAUUCAUAUGGCUUCUCAGAUUCGCUACAGUAAGAAAGAUCAAAGAUUUUUUAACAAAAAUUCUAUCGAUAGAUCUACAUUAUCCUACACCAAAUUUAAAGACGCCUAUUACGUCAGCUAUCGAUCGCGGUGAUCUGCAGAUCUUAUCCUUUUUGUUAGAGAAAAAUUCAACUGAUCUGGACAAUACUACUACUCAACCUUGGGCUAGGACUGCUCUUAUGUACGCCUCUUACGUUUCCAGAAACCCAGAAAUAUUACAGAUUCUUUUGAAGAAGGGGGCAGAUCCUGGAAAAGUGGAUAUAAGAGGUUGGACUUGUCUUCAGUAUGCGAUUGUAGCAGAACGAUCGAAGAAUGUAACAUUUCUUUUAGAUUACGGCGUUUCAAUAAAUCAAAAAGACGUACAGGGAAGAACACCGCUUAUGAUCUCAGUAUACAGUUCGAACGUGGACAUUCUCUCGAUUUUAUUGGAUCACGGGGCUGACGUCAAUAUACGGGACAAUAUGGGUUUCAUCGCUCUUCAAAUAGCAAUUUUAUGGAGAAAAAGGGACGCAGCGAUUAUAUUAAUCGAGAGAGGAAGCGAUAUGAGCGUUGUUACACCUUCAACCAAGGCCACAAUUGGACAACUUUGUAGAACCAGUAUGCCGAAUAUUCUUCGAUGCCUCGAACCAAAACGAUAUUAUAGCAUUGAUUGAUAUUUUUAUUAUAACAUAGUUUUCCCCGUAUUACAAAGCUUUUUCAAUUCUU